GGAGCAGCAGGGUGAGCGCUGUCCCCUUAGGAGCUGCGCGUCCUGUGUCCCUGCGCUGGACAAGUGGGGCUGGAGCUCAUCAAGUAGUGUCGGGACUGGGGACCGAGGAGCGUGGCAGACGCGGGACCUCUGGUGAUCAGGUGCCCGAGGGCGACGCGGGAUCCACGGCGUGGGCGCAGGUGCCCGAGGGCAGUGCGGAACCCACCGUUGGCAGGUGCCCCGACCUCUCAAGUCCAGGGCCGCCCAUCUUCUCCGCGGCUCCGGACCUCGGCAGUCCCCGGGGCGUCACCUGUGGCCUUGCAUCUCAAAGAGGUGUCCAAAGACCCCUGCGCGCAGUCCCCGCGGUGAAAGAAAGUUGUGCGGCGGGCGCAGGCUGCGCCUGGACUCCGCGUGUGGGAAACUUGGGCGACGGCUGCUGGGGCGGCGGGUCCCAAGACCCGCGACACAGGCCACCAGGGCCAUGCGCGUGUCCGGGCGCCCGAUGCUCCUUGCGCUGCUGCUGCUGCUUAGCACGGUGGGGGACCGGGGUCGAGCGCAGCCCAGGGGACCUACAGACAGGCAAACGCUGCUGAGGUUGCUAGUUGAGCUGGUCCAGGAGCUGAAGAAAUUCCACAUAGGAGACUCCAAGAGGCUGCAGCUCCUUGGCGAGUCCGACUUUGCCCUGGGCCGCAGAGAGGCCACGGAUUAUGGGGCAGACCAAGAGGAGCAGAGAGUGGAGAUUGUUCCUCGAGAUCUAAGGAUGAAGGACAAGUUUCUGAAACAUCUCACAGGUCCUCUUUAUUUCAGUCCGAAGUGCAGCAAGCACUUUCACAGACUUUACCACAACACGAGAGACUGCACCAUCCCUGCAUACUAUAAAAGAUGUGCCAGGUUACUUACUCGGCUGGCGGUCAGUCCCAUGUGCAUGGAGAGAUAAGCUGCAAAGGAGCGACACACCAGGAACCUUGAAAAGUGCCUUGGAAACCAACAGAACAGAACCGUCUUCAUGCCCACUUCCUGUGGACAGAGAUUUAUUUUUGCACUCUUCCAUAAUUCCUUUGCAUUUUCUAUGUUGCUGACAGUUUACAAAUAUGCAUUCAGUGAAUCAGUGUACCUGUCAGUGAGAUUUGCCACUCUCAAGAUUAUAAGAACAGACAACAUUCCACAUUUGAUGUAUUGUUCUGUAAAAUGAGGCAUUUUCUUUUUAAGAUUAGGUGGAACCACACGGAAUAUUUCUUUAGAAACAUAGGCAGAACAUUAAACUGUAUUUUCAUAGAGCAUAUAGUAUGAUUUGACAUUUUGUAUUCUACAAUUAAAAUCCCAAAGUAUAGUUUGGAACUGCAUGAGAAAUUUUAAUGAAAACCAAAAAACCUCAGUUGUGUUGAACACAGUGGCAUAUGUAUCUGUGGAUAUGCCAAGGCCAGUCCCACUUGUCCUCUGUAAAUGUAAAAGUACAUUCCAGGUAUUGUUCAAUAUGUAAAUACUGUGAAUAAAUUUAAGGAAAUAAAUGAAGUGUUUGGAAUAAUG